AUGGGGUCAAUGAAGGCAAUGUCAGAAGUAAUGAGAAAAUUUGGAGAUGAAAAAAGUAGCACAUUGCUUGAUGAAUAUGAAAGGAUUACAUUUGAAAUACAAUUGAACCAAGCUAUUCUUGCUAGAAGUUUAUCUGAGCCUGGUAGAAGGAAGAGUACUAGUAGUACUACACAAUUAUUAGCUCCACCACCACUACUGGCCGCCAGAGACACGGAUGGAUCCAGCUCUUCAGGAACCCAGAAACUUCAAAUUCUGAAUCAGCCUCUGGCCAGAGAUACUAAGCAAGAGGAGGAGCAAGGGCAGUGCCGCCACCGUCGCCGUCGUGGUUACGGGUUCCAAAAGGUGAUGAAGAAGUUGCUGAAACCAAUUCUUGGUAAAAUGAAAGGAGAUAAUAAUAGCAUCAUAGAAACUCCUCCAGAUAUUCCCAAGGACCCCAGGUUUUGGAACAAGUUCAGUAGAUCGUUACGGAUUUAAUUAAAUUUUAAUAUAUGGUUAGAUAUAUAUGAUUAUAGUUAUUUCAUAUUUGUUGUGCAAAAUCUCAUUGCCAUUUCCCUUGCUUUGCAGCAAAGUUUAGUAAAAAGUAUAUAUAUUUCAGGUUCUUUUU